UUUUUUGUUGACUGCCAGUAAGGCUUCAAUUCAUGGCAAACAAAGAUCCAUAUAGGUGUUGCUAAUCUUACAGAAUUUACCCGAGUGUUUGUGACAGCAGUUUCUUUUUGUCUUCCGUCUCAACUAAUCAAAGAUCAGGAUGGCUGGGACUGUGUAUUUGAAAACCAAUCGGUUUGAGGUUAAACUAGAAGGCAUUACUUUCAAAGCACAAGACUUUGAAUCUCUAUGCACAAUGGAUUUUCUUUUCCCAGAGUGCAAGAUCUGGCUUCGACCACCUGUUGUUGGCCUUGAUGUUAUGCGCCACCCUCGUGACCCAAAUAUCAUGCUGGUGCUCUUGUGCUUUGGAGCAGGUUGUGUGAUCCUCAGGUUUCAUUCUGGGGAUUCAUUACCUGAUCGAAUUUUCAAAUUUCUUACCGAUAACAGAAUUCGCUUUGUGGGUUUUGGAAUCCCGGAGAAGAAAGAUAUGUUCCCAUUUCAAGAGUUGGGAUUGACAAAAACCAAAGUUGACAUUGGUUAUUUGGCUGCAAAGCAUCUUAAUGAUCCCAAAUUUAAAAGAUGUGAGCUAGCAGAGCUGGCGCGGAAGGUUCUUGGGAUCAAAAGAAUGGUUGGACUUACAGAGGCAUCGUCUUUCGAGAGACAUGAACAAAUCAAAUGUGCAAUUUGCCAACUUUUCAUAUCGAAUGUGAUUGCCAUGGCGCUUUUGGGCCAAGAUAACAAGAAAAGAACAGAGGAUUCUCCUAAGAAAAGCUCCUUCCUGAAGAAUUUGAAUUCUCUGGCAUUGUUGAAUGAAGGAUGGUUGAAAUUAUCCAAGAAAACAUUGCUGAGUGAAGGAUGGUUCAAAUUACACAAAGCCAAGAAAGACAAUGAUAAGGAUCAAUCUAUUGAAAGCGGCUAUGGUGUUUGUGUUCACGUCAAUGGUGAAGAAGAUGCAAUGGUUAUCAAUGAUAUAUUUCAUACCAGAGGCAAUGGGAAUACAACUCCAAGUGAUGAUUCAAGCAAAGAAGCGGUUUCUUCGAUGAAAAUGCCCAUGAAAGGAAUCCUGAAAUCUCCAGCAACAGAAUUCCAAGGUUGUAAUCUCUCUCCUCCCAAUCUUUGUUCCCCUCCAUCCAAAUCUAAGGUGCAGCAAACUGCUACAGGUCCAUAUUUGAAAAGAGCCAACUCCAAGGGGCACAAUGUAUCAUUCAAAUACUGAUACGAAUUGGUCCUGUUUAGCUUAGCAAUUUGAGCAAUUUGUCUUGCAGUGUUUAUUUGAUUCAUGUAAGUUGUAAUUAUUAUCCACUCAGUUUUUUUUCUUUAUUUGAUAUGUAAAAUUUGGUUACCUUUUUUAUUUCCUCCCCUUUUUUUUAUCAACAUUUCAAUUGG